AGUAAAGAGGGGAAAGGGGCCAUCAGCAUAUGCACUGAAAGACACAACGAGAGUAUACCGGAACAUCCGAAUCUACUCGUAAACUAUACAUGAGGACGGCUGUAAAAGCGUUCGUCAAGUUAUAGCAAAGCAUGCUGGCAUGUCUUGUGUUGUUGUUGUUUGCGAUGUGCCCUUACUCUACAGCUAUGCCUAUUCCGAUUACCUCUACGUUAAUUAAAGAAACGAUGAAUCAGAUUCAACUAAGUGACCUCCAUGGAAAAAUGGUUCCAGUCGAUUUGGUGCUUUUGGUUGUUCUAAUUUACUUCGGUAAGCGGCUGAGAGAACAUAGCAAGAAAGUGAAGUGGGAGAAGAAAUAUCGAAAACGACCGUUCAUGGAUCCUACUGAACAUCAGUGUUUCUAUUACACUUACCCUGUCCCUGGUCCAACUGACCCUGACUUCCCAACAAGCAAACCUACAAGAACGUGCCGAACAUCAGGGCCCAAAUGCACGAUUCAGGAAAUACCUACCGACUCCAUCCACGAGUAUGAGCAUAUUCCAUCUUUGCCUUGAGACUCAACAUCUAUGCUUUCCUGCCUUUUUGCUAAUGUUACAUGGUGUCCACUGAUUCAGGUGAUUUGUGGAUGAAUUGCACUUGUGAAGCCUCGUAUGGUGUUUGGUUUGUGAUUUUACAGUUUCAACUUUGUAAAACUGUCGUCGUUUGACAAAAAAAAUCCCACGCGUGUGGUGCCAGUGCACGUGUGCUAUAUGAUGUCCGCCGUUUUUAGCGGCUGUUUAGAAAACCGUCGGAGGAUGUCUUUGGCAAAUUGAGACAAGAAAGCCACAGCUCAAAAAUGAAUUCAACAGAAUAUCGCCGAGUACGGUCAAACGAUUGAAAGUGGCGAUA